GCCAUUUGUUGAGAAAACUACAAUCAUCACCUCGAAAGCGUCAGGCAUCGCAGCUCGAGCUUCAACUUCGAAUCCAACAGCAACCAGACACCAUGAACGCGCUCGGAAAUGCGAAGCUACCCACACGGCCUGCGUCCCAGUAUUCGCACCACUGCAUCAGCCUUCCGGUCGUCGCGUUCGUCGCCACUUUCGUGGUUGUGCUGUGGGGGCUGGCCUUCCACGUGAGCGGCUCGGCGCGCUCUGCCCGCGCCGAGUCGGAGACGAGCCGGACGGGCCAGCGGUGCUCCUCGGGCCGCUGCGAGGAGACGGCGCGGCUCCUGAAGAGCUUCCGGUCCAACCACACGAGCCCGUGCGUCGACUUUUACGAACACGUGUGCGCCGGCGUGAGGGGCACGGCAGAGGCGAGCGUCGGGGGCGCCCCCGAUUCGGUGGUCAUGCGGCGGAUGGCCGCCGCAGCGACGGCGAGAAUCGCGGAACACGCCCUGGCACGAAGACCUCCGCGGUCGCAGCAGACUGCCGGCCAGAAGGCCUCGGCCUUUCUCCAGCUGUGCAAGGCCCGGACGUCGCGCCACGAAGACAACUUGUCCGCGCUCAGGUCUUACGUCGAGUCGUCCGGACUCUUUGACGAGGAUGCCGACUUCAAUCCUUUGGUGAAAAUCGCCGAACAUCUUUUCGUGCAAGGCCUGCCCUUGUUCUAUCAGGUACAAGUUGACGAAGCGCUCGUGUGGAGACGCAGGUACCUUCUCGCUGCGGAGGUCUCCGCUGUGACAGUGUUGUGGCUGCAAACGCACAGGGCGUUUCCUGACCAAGAGAGCUACGCAAAGCACGUUCUGAGGGUGCUGCAAGAAGCCGGCAUACACCGUGACAGAGCUGGUGCACUUUCCGUCACUAUCGCUGACCUGGAAGGCGUCGUUAACGCUGCGUAUAACCGGUAUCUUGAUGAAAGAAAGAAUAAUUCGAGAAUGCUCAUCGUGAGGCUCGAAGAACAAGGAAGUCUCUUCAGCAACGACACGCAGACUAAACAGGAGUGGAGCGAAUUCGUCAUGAAAAAUGUUACCAUGGGGCGCUCUUCUCUGGUUCACGUCUUUGUGGAGGAAGCUGCAACAAAUUUCUUGAAGACCAUUGUCGACAAACUCAGUGUAACCGAACUGCGAACACUCGUCGCGUGGGAGGUAAUUCGCGAGAUCGUCACAGCUUCUGGCGUUGUGCCUCUCAUAGGCAAUUACACGCAGUGGUAUUGCAUCCAGAUGACCCUGCGCAUUUACGGACACGCACUAACAGUUCCCUACUUUCAAACCUCCGUAACGCGCAAAACGCUCCGAGUAAUUGGCAACACAUACGCUAACAUUAAAUACUACCUGAUGAAAGCCGUGAACACGUCCUGGUGGCUUCUGGGAUCGUCGCUUAACACCACCAGGAGAAUUAUGAGGCGUCUGACAACAAGAAUAAUUUUCCCGCGUGCGCUCGACUCCAAGGAUGCUCUCGACGAGUACUACGCGAAUUUUCCAGGCGUGAAGUACCCUUUCUUGAACUCUUACCUGACAGCUUCCAGGGCACACGCUAAAGGUGCUGUCACGAUGGCAGCGUCCUUGUCUACUCGUGUUUCCUCCAGCGACCCGCGGAAGUAUGUUGCGAUGGCUGUUUACAACCGCAAGACAAAUGCUUUGUUCCUUUCCGGAAGCUCUACUUUUCCCCCUGCUUUAGACACCAGAGGACCAGUGGAAGUGAACUACGGCUUUUUUGGACGAAUCAUCGCACAAGGAAUCACGCGCAUCCUGGCCAUGUUCACGGGAGAGGCAAAGAGGUCUCCCCGGCUUCACGAAUUCUGGACCACCGACACGGGGCGUAAUCUCAGGGACCUGGCGCUCUGCCUGGAAAAGCAGGCGGACGAGCUCCAAGAAAACAGUGCGCAGUACAACAAAGACCUCCAUGACUUUCAGUCGGCUGCACGGACAAAGGCGCGCGGCGAAGCCGCAUCGGUGCUUUUGCCCGCAGUUCUCGAAGCCCUGGGUCUGGCCCCGCUUUACGAGGCCUACGCCGACGCCAGGAAAGACAUAGCGCCUUACGAGCCUCUCUUUCUGCCGGGACUCGAAGAGCUGUCCGAGGAGCGACUCUUCUUCUUCUCGUGGUGCUACUCCCUGUGCAGCGGGGAGCUUCCACCGAAGGGCCACGCGUCUCUGCGAUGCAACCUGGCCGUGGCGAACCAGGCGCCGUUCAUCGACGCUUUCUCCUGCGACCCGGGACUGCCUAUGAAUCCGGCCCUCAAGUGUCCCCUGUGGUGAAGGCAACAGGACUCGACUCGAGCCAGACAUUGUGGAACACAAGUGCUCGUGGCAGCACGUGGUAAACGCGCGUGUAGUUCUCGUGGUAUACAUGUCACCGCAGCCUGUAGAUAUAGUUUAAAAGACUCCAGCUUCGUUUAAUUCUACCGUAGACUACAGAUUUCAGCGUUUCCGUCGUGGACGUGUAUAGCGAUUUGAGAACACGAAAUCGACUCCUUUCUUUUCGCCGCGGGAUAUGCAUGCUUAUAAUAAAUGCAAUUCUUCAUGUUUCCAUAAUGAGGUAAAGCUAUAGUCUGCUGUAACUGUUCCACUGAUGAACGUCUAGCAGCUCGAUAAUUAAAG